CCCCUUCCUUCCGUGUCCCCUGAUCUUUACAAACCCAAUCACCUCUCCCCUCCUCCCCCUCCCCCAACAAUGGCUUCUGUUCCUUCAUCCACUUGGGCUUUCUCUCCCAAUUGCAUCAACUCCUCCCCCUCUUUCCCCAAAUCCCUCCUCUUCCCAGCGAGAAGACGCGAAUUCUUGAGACCCAUCCACUCUUCUCCCAGCGAGGAGGCUCCCGAAGGACAGUCUUCCGAACCCCCCGACCCGAUGAAGCUCGCCUUUGCCAAGGCCGAGGCCUACAAGAAGGAGAAGAAGAAAUCGACCCCAAUCCCGGAGCAAAACCCUGUCCCGAAGUCCACUUGUGGUGCUAGUGGGAGUGGCGAUCCGGACUCGGAGGUCCCAGAAGCCGUUAAGCUCGCUUUUGAGAAGGUCAAGGAGUAUAGGAAGAAGAAAGGAGCUGUGGGCGGGGACGGGAAUGCUGCGGUAGAGAAGCCGAGGGAUUCUGGCCAAGAGAUGAUGAAUUCAAGGAACUUGAAGGAGUUUGAACAGAAUAAGGUAAGUAAGAAAGAAGAGAUUAAAGUUUCCGGCAUUGACUUUUUGGGGCUUGAUUUUUCUGAGAAAAAAAGGUACAGAGGAGUGCCACCUGGGUUAGCUCCAGUUGUGGAACCUCUUUUGGAAGGGGAUUUGCCUGAAGUGGAAAUUAUUGUUGGGGAUCCCAGCAAGUUUGAAAAUACAACACCAUCAACAUCUGUGGGUUCAACAGAAGCUGAUGAUAGCACAGGACGAUACAAGCCCAAGGUUUCUACAUCGAGUGCAUCAACUACUAUGAAUUCAAAAGAAGAUGAUGAUAGUAUGGGAUUAUACAAGCCCAAGGUUUCUACAUGGGGUGUCUUCCCAAGGCCCAGCAACAUUUCAAAGACGUUUGGUGGUGGAAGGGUUAUUCGGCCAGGAGAAGUGCUUGAAACUGCCGAAGACAAAAUUGCCAAGGAAAAACGUAGUAGAGAAUUACUUGCAGCUUACAAGAAUAGGAUGGGCUUGACACUUGAUGCAAAAACAAAUUUUGAGUGCAAGGAGGCACUGAAGGAAGGUGAUAACUUAAUGAAUCUUGGAAAACUAGAAGAAGCGUUGCCUUAUUAUGAAAAAAUAAUGAAGAAAUUGGUCUUUCAGAGUGAACUUCAUGGAAUGGCUGCUUUGCAGUGGUCUAUUUGUCAAGAUUCACUAAGAAGGCCAGAUAAGGCAAGAAUCAUGUACGAGAAGCUCCAAUCUCAUCCAAAUGUCCAAGUAAGCAAGAAAGCAAGGCAGUUCAUGUUUAGUUUUCAGCCUUAUUUUCGUGAUAAAUGCCAAGAUAGAGCACAUUUCCUGCUCCAUUCCCUGAUAGGACAUGAUGCUUCUUGGAUGGCUCAACUCCCACUUGAUGAAUCCCUAUCAUCUCCGGAGCACUGCACCAAUCCUUGACUGCCACAUAAGAUGGCAAACUGAGUGGGGAAUGGAGUGGGGAUUGGUAGCAGCACCAGAAGGUUAGCCUCCUUGUCGUUCGAACUUAUUCCACUACAGUUUCAUUAACAUUCUAAAGCAGGAAAAUAUUUGGACACUGCAAAUGAAGCCAUAUUGCAUUAUGGUGCAUGCCUGUGAUAGCGACUUAAGCACAAUAAUUGUGUUGGUGGAUCCCAUCAAAUAACCCCCAAGUAAAAGAUGACCUUCUUCCAUAAUGGGAGGGAGAGGACCUUCCAUUCCAGCUAUUACAUGUUCUUUCUUGUUUUUGGGUAGGCAGGCAGUGUCAUCAUUCACACAGGGACUGUUGGAAGUUGUAAUUCUGGAAUCUUCUGCAGGCCGUGGUCCUUGGACUUCUUUGGUCUUAUUAUUGGAGGCUAAAAUGUCUUUCACAAUUUCUGUCGGUGCUCUUGUUAGGUGAAUUUUCAGCUAACUUUUAUUAUCUGGCAUGAGAAGCUUACCAAUCCAACUUUUGUUGCAAGGGGAAGCUAGAAUGUACCAAUUGUCCAGUUUAUAUUGUCGAUUAGAUCUGUUUGACAUAUUGAUCCUUAAUCAUCAUUACUUGAAGGGGAAAAAAUGGCGACAAACAAAAUUCGAGUUUAUCUUGGGUAUAAUAUCUUGUAAAUGAGUAUAGGAAUGGUUAUUUUCGGAUGGUUAUCAUCCAACAACGCAACCUUGUAACGCUGCUCGGUAAAUGUUCUUCUUGGCUUUGUCUCA